AUGCAGGAGCCGCUAGGGGUACCAAAGAUAAACCCGGACGAUUCCUCCUCUUCGAGCGGGGAAGAGUCCGAACCCCCGGUGAAGCUUCCCCGGCGCAGCCGCCGCGCUUUAUCCAUCAUGAGGGCCGGAAACGCGGCGCUCUCUUUGUCCAGCAGUAUACCCGCUGCUUCCGCGGCCGACCCCGUCGCCCUUGAAGGGGCUUCCUCGCAGGUACACCAACACCAAGGAAGAGCCAGGAGGCUGACCUUGGAGGACAUGAACGAGUCUGUCAGAAGCCUGCUCCUGGUCGCGCCCGCCUACCCAGACGGGGUCGGGGGGCGUCUCGCCGUAGCCCCUUCGAGUUCCGUAGCCGAACCGCCGACUAACUCCGGGAGUGACGCCGCCGGGAGGAGCAAACAGAGGAGGUAUAGGAUGGUGUUUGACGACGAGGGCUUGGCCGCAGCGGACUCGGGAAGAAGAGAAGCAAGGGCGCGGGGGCUCCCGUUCGGUCUGGAGGCUGUGCCCGACGAAAGCGACCCGACCCUGCUGUGUGUUCGAGAGGUUGCAUCGGGUGGGGUAGGUUGCAUUGGACCCGUUGUUGUGCGUGUGAAGGCUACACCAACGGUUGCGAGCCGGCGGGAAGCCGUCUACAGUGUUCUUCUUGGUGGAGGCAAAGGGGAGGGUGCGGAGGGAGAGUUGAUGGCGAUCCGGGUUUCGACGCACCCGACGAGGCUUGCUGCUCCGAGGGAGGUUCAGGCGGUGCUUCUGCUUGGCCAAGAUGAGGGGGAGGAGCCGGCCGGAGGGGAACUGCAUGAGCAAGGAACUUGCGGAGUGUCGGUGUGGGACUCGGCGACGGCAAGCCGGGCCGAUGGGUUGUGGGAAGCCGCCGUCGCCGGAAAGGCCGGUCAAGCGGUUGUCAGGCUGCAGAGCAAGGCGGCCACGUGGUCUUCGACCGCAGAAUCGUUCGAGCUGGACUUGCUAGAGGCGUGGCGGCCAGGUCGACUAGGCGCAAAGAUGCCCACACGAACGGAACCAGCCUCCGCCAUCGCAGCUAGUGCUUCGUCACAACCCGCCCCCGAGACGGUGCAAAUGGUGGCAGCCCGCGAUGGGAGCAAAAGCGCUAGGAGCGGCUCCUCGAGCGCUAGAAGUGAUGGGAACGGAAGCCGCCGGAUACCAUCGAUGCAGCUUGCCCGGGUGAAGGACACUGGUAGUAGCCCGACGGCAGGCAGUGGCGGCAAAACAGACGCGGGGAAAGAAGAGGGCGAGUUUUCGUGGGAGGUGGCGGUGGCCGCGCCGAUGCCGCCGUUGCAUGGGUUCUGCCUGGCCGUCGUUGGGUUGGAGACGGAGAUGGUGGGAGCAGCCGUCAAGCUAGUGGAUAGAUCGGCGGAAGUGGCAGAAAAGGAGGCAGCCGUCGGGUUUGAGGGGUUUGGCAAGGCCCUAACCCAGGAAAGCAAGGGCGCCCUUUUCGCCCCCGGCGCGACUCCGCAGGCUAGCGCUCGCCGUAAGGAACAGCAACACCAGCAGCAGCAGCAGCAGCAGCAGCAGCCUCGGAGAGAGGAAAACGACGAAAGCAAUGUGCCAUCGGUCCCGGCGCUCGCUCUCGGCGUGGUUGCGUCGGUUGGGGCGCAACAAGCAGCUCGUAGCGGCGGUGCUGCUUCCUCUGGUUCUGGUUCCCGACGGCCCUCAUCCCGGAGAAGCAGCGCCGGAGGUGACAACAACAACAUCAACAACAACAUCAAUGGACCCAGCAGCGUCCUAAAAAAAAACAGUAUCGGCCAAGACGCGGGUGCGGCGGGGCAGCAGCUCGGUAGCGGCGUGAAGAACGACGAUGAUCGAGGAGUCGUCGUGGGAGCCGGGACAGAGGGGCAACCGGCGGCGGCGGUGGCCGCAGCGACGGCGGCGACGGGUAGAACAGUGCCGAUUCCUGUGAAGCGAAGAAUGUCGGUGCAAGUAGCGGCCGCUGUAAUCGUCGACAAGGUCUACCGCAAUACCUACGUCUGCAACCUCUGCCUGUUAACCUUGGCGGUCUCCUUCAUGGCGGACCUCUACCCGGGGGCUCCGUCCCACAACGUUCCCAUUUCGACCGCCCUGCUGUGGGCGUGCAGCAACGUCGACGGCGUGAGGGCCCUGCGGAGGCGCUCCUUCGCCUACGCUCUCAGCACUGCGGUGCUUGUGUCUCUGUUCAUGGAUGUCGACUUCCUCGCGUCGGACCUUAAGGUGCCAGCAACACAUUCAUGGACUUACUACACAUGUGUGGCGUACGCGUUGAGCCGAUUAGAGGAGGAGGACGACGACCUUCAGAGAGUCAUCGUCGAAAGAAACAUGCACACGUUCGGGAGGAUUGUUGUUGGUAUCGUGGCGGGACUCAAGGCGCUGUCCUGGCAAGGGCUGCUCGCGACCUUUCCGCAGGUCAACUUCAACCAAAGUUUGAGGGCAGCGUAG